GACCCUGGGACUGGGCCCGGUCCACUUGACCGGCCCAGCCACAGGCUUCGGGCCUCACGUGCGUCGCACGUGAGGGCGCGCGAUGCAGGGGGAUUCAUCGCGAUCGCCCGAGGAAGACGGAACCCCUGGGUUUAGGGCUUCUCCUCCCUCUCCUUUGAGGCCAUCCGAGGUAGAGCCACCAAGCCCGGACUUCCUUCUGGUUUGGGGGUUCUUCCUCCUCGUUUUGCCGCCGAUAGAGAGAGAGAGGGGGGGGGGGGGCGUUGGGUCGGUCUUCUUCGGUACGGGUGGCCUUCUUCUUCCUUUGCCGCCGGAGAGGAAGAGAGGCGCCGGAUCUUCGUCGGGGCGGAGAGCUCACAAGGUGUUGGUUCCAAUGGGAUUGACUGGUUUAAGGCCUGAUUCUGAAGGGAAAGAAUCCAAAAGCUUCAAGCGCAAAGUUGAAAAGAAACUUAAGUUUUAUGCAAAAGUUAGAAAUGCUGUAGUUGCUUUAGGUGCUAAAAGGGCAAUCAGCAAGAAAAAGAGAUUACGCAGCCAGCAGAAGAAGUUGAAGGCAUAUGACCUGUCAGCCCUUUCCGAGUUUCUUCCAGAUUUGAAUGCCGCCAAGCAGCCUUCCAGAGAAACCAGCUUAAAGAUUAACUGCCAGACUAGGCAGAAGCUAGUGCAAAGGGAAGGUGCACAGUUGAAAGCAGUCCUGAAUGAUCCUACAUUUCAGAUUGAUCCACUCUCUGCAAUUCAUCAACAUUUACAGAGAACUCAGCCUCCGUCAGCCAGUGACCAAGACAAAGGUUCAGGGAAAACCAAGAAGGCCAAGAAAAAGGGAGCAAAAAGGUCACUGUCGGCCCCUCGGUCUAUGGAUUUCUGACUCUGCAGUUAGCUCUCAGGCGCCUACCGACAUCCAUCACCAUCUUCAAGCUCACCUUCAUAACCAGCUUUACCCAUCUUGCACGGUUUUGUGACUUCUGAAAUUGCUUUGUUUUUGUGGAAGCUGUACAUGACUGAAUGACGAGACCGGAAGUUUUGAUGGUUAUGAAAGUUGUAGAAUAGUUUUGAAGUACCGAGCGUUUUGUUUAAAUUUGUCUAGCAUAUAUGAGCUGGUACUGUAUAAAAAACUACAUGUUUUGAGUCCAUCUUUCCUUUGGUGGAAUAGAAGCAAGUGAUGCACGAUCUGAUCCUUAAACGCUGUUUCCUAUGCAGUUCUACCUAAUGGUUUAAUUUUCUAUUCUGUACCAACAUUGCAGCUUGACAUUGGGGUAACAUUUUCAGCUA